AUGAACUCAGCAAGAGAUAAAAUCAAUAAGUUUUAAAUAGAUUUAAUGGUGGAUAAAAAUGUAGCAAUUAAUAGAUUAAGUAAAUUAGUUUAAUUAAAAAUAGUGCAUUAUAAUAUUAGGGAGAUAUCUGAAUUAUCUUGGUAAUUAAACUAAGAGUUAUAAAGACUUUAAUAAAAUAUUUAAAAAUAAAUAAGUGAAAAUUCUAUUUUAAAAGAUAUUGUCAAAAAAAUACUAGAUUUAUUAACAAUAAAUUACACAAAAUAAGAAUUUGAAAAACUGUGUUAAGAUGAUAAAAUAACUUUUGAAAAUAUAAAGAAUAGAUAUAAAAAGCCAUAAAAACUUGAUGAAAAACCUUAUGAAAAAUCUGAUACAAAAACUAAUGAAAAACCUGAUGAAAAACCUGAUGAAAAACCUGAUACAAAACAUAAUGAAAAACAUGAUGAAAAAUUCUAGCAGAAAUAUGAUGAAUUGUUUUAAAAUUAUAAAGGACUAUUCACUAGAAAUUUAAAAUUUUAUGAAGAUCUCAAAGCUAUGAUUGAGGCUCAAUAAUGUAUUAUAAAUAGUUUAAAAAAUGAAUAAGAAAAAUUCAGAAAGUAAGUAUUCUAUUAUUAAAAUUAUAUAUCUGAUAUAUUAAAUACAGAAAGUUAUACAAUAAAAAGUAAUCGAGAAUUUGAGUUAUAAUCCAUAUAAAUCAAUUACUAAAAUAAGAUUAAUUAUAAAACUUAAGAAUUGAAUAAUGUAAUAGAUAAUAUUUAGAAAUAAUAAACCAAUGAGGAUUAAACAAAACUCGAAGAAGAUAUAAAUAAUAUAAUAAACUCUUUGAAUGAAUUGAUAAAAGUAGGUGAGAAAUUUAAAUAAUUGCUUCAAAAUUAUGAGAAAAUGAAGAUCGACAGGUAGAUCGACAUUUAAAAAUUUUUAAUUUUCACAUAACUAAAUUAAAAUGUAUAUAAAAGAUUUGAAAUUUUUUUAAAAUAUUUAUUAGAGUAUAUAAAAAUCCAAAAUAAAAAUUAGUAAUUAACUAAAUAAUUGGUGCCAGAAAAUAUUAGUUUUUAAUUAGACCAAUUUAGUGAUUUUAAUAAUAAAUGCAUUUAAAAAAUCCUUAAAUAUUAAAACAUGUUAGCCUCUAAAUGUUUGUAAUUGAUUAACAAAGAAAAUUGCAAAAUAAUAGGAAUAGAUGACUUGAUAAUUAAGGUUAAUACAUUUAUUGAUUAAUAUAAGCAAAUUCAAAUUGAUAAAAGUAAUGAAUGCCAAAUUUAAGUUAAUACAAGUGAGAAUUUAUUAUAAUUGUUCAAUUUUAUUGAAGGAACAGAAAUAGAUUAAAUUAUAAAUCAAAUAUCAAUAAAUUUAUAAAACACUUUGAACUUGAAAAAAUAGUUAUUAAAGGAAUAAAAAUAAUAGGAAAUAUGA